AUGGGUCCAACUGGCAAGUUGCGGCCGCCGGUCACAUUGCGGUGCUCCUCGGCUCCUCGGUUCCUCGGCCCAACUCCUGCUGUUUUCUCAACAACUUACAAAGCCAUUCAAUGGAUUCACUUCUGCUUCAACUUUUACUACUUCUUGGAGAUCCGCAUGCUGGUGCUUCAACAGGCGACUCCUGAUAAAUCUAUGCUGCCAGUGGAUAGAACGAAGCCCCGGCCUGCCUGCCUGCUUGGCUGCUGCUCUCGACUUCGUUUUGCCUUCGAUUUGAAUGGGGUCGCACUCGCUGCUGUUAAGUCCGUCCAGGACUUUAUUUGGCUUGCACUUGAGCAUAAUGUAUAA